AUGGAUCUUCCUGCCGAAAUUCGAGAGGAGAUCUACCGUGGCCUUCUCGUCUCCCACAAACCCGUCCCCGUCUACGACGGCUGGAAGAAGAUCUACGAACGAGAGAAGCCCUGUCUGGACAUCAACAUCCUUAUGACAUGCAAAAAGAUCUUCAACGAAGCCAUCAGAGUGCUCUAUGGCGAGAACACCUUUCUCUAUCGUCUCCGAGACAUGCCAACUGAGUCACACAGGAUGAUCAAUAUUCAAGAGCUGGCCCAAAGCGACGCUUACGUCCCAUCGCAAGGCUACAGAGACCAGAUUCGAGCAGAGGCGACCUGUGAAGCUGGGACUAUCAACAUCAGAAAGUACGCCUGCUUGUUCCGCUACAUCACCUUACAGGCCGACCACAACCGAUCUGAAUUCUAUACCCAGGAAUUCAUGGUCGAUGCCAUCAAGACGUUUGCCCAGGAACCCGGGAUGACGAACAUCCACACUCUGACCAUCAUCGUCAGCCCCUGUUACACUCGCGGCAAAUUUACCUUUGUCGACUGGUUCGAUUCCAAGUCAGAACUUGUGUGUGCGCUCAAGGCCGUUUGUUGCGAGAUUAUUCGCAUCAGGAUCUGGAACAAACACCUCAAUGACGGUCUCGGCCCAAUUUCGUCUGAGCUGUUCCUGCGUGUCCAUCAGCUGAGGUUCCUCAGGCAACUCGAGUACCAGAAACUUCACAAUCGGAAACCUCAAACUGGGAGAAAAAGGCACAAACCAGACAUCUGGGCGGGGGAUUGGAUGAUGGAAAAGCUUCGCCAUAGGCGGGGACGAGAGAUCAUUAGCAGGUUGGAAAGGCUUCGACCUUGCGUGCUCGAAGCCUGCAAGAAACAUCUCGAACCGCACAUCAAGCGACAAGGCGACCUCGAGGAUGCAGAUGACAACGACGACGACGAUGAGAACUGGUUUGCUUAUUUCCCAGACGAGAUGACGGGCAGCGAGGCUGAAGAGGAUGCCGAAGAGGAUACAGACUCGGAUUAA